AUGGUUGAAAUCCUCUUAAGAGAAAAGACUUUAGACUUCAAGCGUUCUAUUGAGCUCUUUCUGCUAGUAGAGCUUAUUGCCUCAAGGGGUGGAGAAAGAGAGUCUGGUAUUUUUUUUAUCCUUGGUAGAUGGACUGGAAUCAUUGCCAGCAUUACCAACAAGUGUAAAACAAAGCUGGAUAGAUGGGUGUUUACCACAAUAAACUUAUGUAUUUUGUGGUAUUUUUCAUGGGCAUUGACAACACUGCCACCGAUCAUAGCAACAUUGUCUUUUUCAAUGCGCUUUGACCAGCGAUGGUCGUACUCUUUGCCAAACUUGGAGGUGGAUAUGGUGAGAGCCCAAAAUGUAUAUCAUGUAGCCAUGUCUUCUCAAAGAGGUGGACCAGAUGGGAAGGCAUUAAAGGUUUAUUCUGAUGAUAGGGCCGCAGUCGAUUGUAUGGUACCAAUUACAAGAAGAGGCUAA